AUGUCCAUUUCUGGGACUUUGAGCAACUAUUACGUGGACUCCAUCAUAAGUCACGAAAGCGAUGAACUCUCCGCCCCGGCUCGCUUCCCAAGCGUCCAGUACUCCGGCUCCAGCUCCGCAGCGGCUGCGGGCGUGAGGCAGCCAGGCGGCGCUGCGCACCCGGAGCAUCCCCAUCCAGACUCCUACCCGUCCUGCAGCUUCCAGCCGAAGCCCCCGGUCUUCUCGCCGUCCUGGAGCCCCUUCAGCCCGCACCACGGGGCCAGUGGCCUGCCCACCGUCUACCACCCGUACAUCCCAGCCCAGCACGUGCCCGCCGCUGACACUCGGUACCUCCGGUCGUGGCUUGACUGCGCGCCGCGCGGCCCCGAGUCUGUCCCGGGCCAGGGCCAGACGGGCCAGGUCAAGCUGGAGCCGCAGCUCGCCCACCUCGGGGGGGAGAUCGCAGCCAAACUCGGCGGGCAGCACCAGCACGAGACCACCACGUACAUCCUGGAGUCCACUUCCACGGCUGCGCGCGAGCUGAGCCUCCAUCCGGCCGCCGUCCCGGGAGGACGCUUCGAGGAGAGUAAGGAUAUUUGCGAUGGGAGUGAGGACAAAGACGGCCUGGAUCAAAAUGACCCCUCGGCCAACUGGCUACAUGCUCGCUCCUCCAGGAAGAAGCGAUGCCCGUACACCAAAUACCAGACUCUGGAGCUGGAGAAGGAGUUCCUGUUCAACAUGUACCUCACGCGGGACCGGCGGCAUGAGGUGGCUCGCGCACUCAACCUGACGGAGCGGCAGGUGAAGAUCUGGUUCCAGAACCGGAGGAUGAAAAUGAAGAAACAGAGCAAGGAGCAGCCCAAGGACUAG